AUGCCAGCUUUUACUCUCUACGGCUCGCGCGGUUCGACAAACACAGAUCGUGUCCGUCUCACUCUCGCUGAAGGCGGCUUUACAGACUAUGAACUCGUGCUCCUCGAUCUUCACAAGGGCGAGCAAAAGUCCCCAGAACACAAAAAGCGUCAUCCAUGGGGUAAAGUCCCUGUAAUGACUUCUGCAGAAGGGCUCGUUCUUCACGAAAGUCGUGCAAUUUGCAAGUACCUCGCAACAAAAUACGACUUUCCGCUUUUACCUCUCAAUACCGACGUCGAAAAGACGGCGCUGUUCGACCAGGCGCAGUGUGUUGAGACUCUUUACUUCGCAGAACCCGCAGGUAAAAUCGGGUUCGAGAAAUUUGUUAAGAAGUUCAUGGGCUUGCCGACUGAUGAGGCUGUUGUAUCAACUGCAGUGCAGGCGUUAGAGGGGUUCUUUGACGUUGCUGAACAGCUUUUACAGCAUAAGCAAUACAUGGCUGGAGACGACUUCGCCCUCGUAGACAUCUAUUACAUCCCGUUGAUCAACAGACUUUUUGCUUGUGGUUACGGAGAGAUCAUAGUCAGUCGCGAAGCUGUGAGUGCUUGGUGGGAUCGUUGUAUAAAUAGGCCGGCUAUUCAGAAGAUGUUAGCUGCAGAUAAAAAGACACCACGAUAG